UACGCGCCCUGCCCUAAGUCCCUAGUGGGUGCGACCCCCAUGCCGGGCAGCAGGGAACAAACACCCCGAGGCAGUCACAGCAUCGGCUUCAGCUUUCAACAGCCUCUGGCCAAUGGCAACGCAGCAAUCACUGACGUAUCGAGAACGAACCAAUGGGGAGGAGACACGCCGGGUAGAUAUGAAUGGGUCGUGAGUCAGAGAGAAAGUAAUUCCUACCCGGCUAACGCUGUGAUUCCUCCUCCCUGUCUCCCAAUCUGCCCCACGGAUUCCCUGCACCCCUUGGAAAUGGUGGUCGUGGGAGCCCCCAAAGUGAUCUUUAUUCCCGGGAAUCAGUGCGAGCAGGCCGACGCCUUGGGAUCCCUAAUGUUACCCGUAAGCAGCCCGGGCAGUCCAGAGUCGGCCAGCAAUGAGCAGCCCCCCAGGAAGAGACAGAGACUCACCCACCUCACCCCGGAGGAAAAAGCGCUUAGAAGAAAAUUAAAAAACAGAGUAGCAGCACAGACUGCACGGGACAGGAAAAAAGCCAAAAUGGGUGAACUUGAACAGCAAGUGAUAGAUUUAGAAAUUGAGAAUGAGAAACUUUUGCUCGAAAACCAGAUCUUAAGAGACAAAUCUCACGGCUUGUUGGCUGAAAACCAGGAGCUACGCCAAAGAUUGGGCCUUAGCACCCUGGAGUUAAAGAAAGAAGAAUCAUCAUCAUCAUCACAGGAGCUGAAUCAGUCCAGAAAAGAUAAAGUCAGGCCGGAGACCGGGUCAGCUGAGUCCGCAGCACUCAGACUACGUGCCCCUCUGCAGCAGGAGCAGGCCCAGAUGUCUCCGAACCUGACAGUGUCUACAUGGAUCCUGACAGCCCUGACACUUCAGACUCUGAGUCUGAUCUCUUGUUGGGCCUUCUGGAAAGCCUGGACUCAGACUUGUUGCUUGCCUAUGAAGGAGCACUUGCUGGAAGCCCAGAUGAAGAGAUCAAGGGAGACGAAUCUGAUUCCAUAUCCUCCUCCCCAUCUUCUCCUGUGGGGACCCCAUCAGCCAAGCUGGAGGCCAUUAAUGAACUGAUCCGAUUCGAUCACGUGUACACCAAGCCACUAAGCACAGAGGAAGACUCUGCGCAAAGUGUUGAGACCAGUAUAGUAGUUAAAAUGGAGGAAGCAUCUUUCAGCCCUACCUGUGAUGAUGGCCUGACCUGUGUGAAACAGGAACCACAAGAAGAUGGCCUAGUCCCCAUCCUCGGAAUGCAAAGCUUUUUGCCCUGUUCUGAAAACAACCUUGAAAAAUCAAAUAUAUUGGAUACAGGAAGUGACUCUGGCUAUGAAGGUAGCUCUUCACCCUUUAGUGACCUGUCCUCUCCUCUGAACUCUGACCGGGUUUGGGAAGAUUCAUUCAGUACUGAACUUUUUCCUCAGCUUCUCCUCAGUGCCCAUAUGGACCAGUCCAUCUGUCCCUCAUCUCCUGUUGAUGCCGUUUCUUUCUGGAGUCACAGCUCAGAUUUUGAUGAUGUACAUUUUUAAAUACAUCUGUGUGAGACCUAAUACUGCCAUACAUUGCGCCCUUUUCUUUCAGUAUUGCCAGGUUACCAGGCUUUACCAAACAGCUUUCUUUAGCUGAAACCGAUAUCUGCCAGCAUCUUCUCUUUUCUAAAGGGUAAUCUAUAAAUCUUAUUGAUUAGCAACCUGAUUUUUUUUUUUUAAUAUUGUACCCCAAAACCAAAAGAGGUACAUUUCUGCUAUCCACAGUGAAAUUUCUUAUUAACUUAAGGCAAACGGUUAUUUAUUUAUGUAUUUUUGUUUCUCUAAGUACAACUUGCUCAGUGGUGGUUUCCCAUCUGUAAUUGGGCACAGUGUGCCUAUCCUUGUCACUGCUUUGGUGUGCAGUGAUGGAAGCCAUACACAACAUUUAUCUCCGUAAUUAUUUUUGUACGGUUUUCCAUCAAAAUAUUUUUUUUUUUUUAUAGAAGAAAAACAAAUCUAUGUCUAUGUAUUGAUGCUGUCACAUAGUCUAUACAGGUCUGUAUGAAAGAUUCCGUUCUCAUUAAGCCCCAAACAAAGGUUUCAUUCCACAGCUUAAACUUGUUUUCCAUUCUUAUAACAUCAUUUACAGGUUAUUUCCACUGAAAAUCCAAGAAACUUUUUUUGACAGGACUGUGGAAGAAUCAUUCUACAUUUUUCCAAGUGUUAAUGGAAAACUGAAGGGAAAGUAUUAAUGGAAACUAAGUAUUUCUCAAACGUGUAGCUUACAGAGUUGUUGGGAGACUAGCGUGCAGGGUGGCACCAUAAUGAACACAUGUAGAUUAAGGCAUUUGUACAUUAAAGCAGAGUUUACCAUUACUACACAUCCAUUUAAUACCAGGUUUAUGGUAGUCUAUCCAAGAUGGAACUACAGAUCUCAGAAUAUCAGGAUUUUUUUAAAAAAGAUGAUGCUGGAAGAUAAUGGUAGUUCCCCCACCGUUUCUGGCACCACAUAAGUACAAAAUGCAUUGUGUUGGCCCUCUCUGGUUGACCCAGUGCUACAUUUUUUUUUUUUUACAUUUUUUAAAUUAUCUAUAUAAAUACUUUCCCAUUCGUUAAACUGUCUUUAAUUUCGGCCAGGUUCCAAGACACUGCUGCUGAUUUUAAAUAAGCAUUUUGCUUGUAUCUGCAAUGACCUAUUUUCAGCAAGAUUGCCUUUCUGUUAAAUUUUUAGUUGUAUUCCACAAAUGUAGAAUAUAAAUUCUACCCACAGGGGUGUAGAAAUGUACAGAACCACAGUAUCCUGCAGAUCAGACUUGUAUUUUAAAUUUACUGUGUAAAUGAGAUGAUUAUAUAUUUCCACCAUUUUUAUUUUAGAGGUUAAGAAAUUUGCUUUCUCCAUUUAAUAUUUAAAACUACUAUGCCAUUAAAGUGCAAUAAAAAAAAAAAA